UCUUUGGAGGAUUUGUUGAGGGCUUGUAUUUUGGAUCAUCUAGGGAGUUGGGAAGAGAUGUUGCCUUUGGUCGAGUUCACUUAUAAUAAUAGUUUUCAUGCAAGUAUAGGAAUGGCACCUUUUGAGGCUCUGUAUGGGAGAAAGUGUCGAACACCUUUGUGUUGGUUUAAAGAGGGAGAAUCAGUGAUGGUGGGGCCAGAGAUCAUCUUACAGACUACUGAAAAGGUGAAACAAAUUCAGGAAAGAAUGAGAGCUGCUCAGAGUCGGCAAAAGUCUUAUGCAUACAAGAGGAGGAAACCUUUGGAGUUUUCAGAGGGAGAACAUGUGUUUUUGAAGGUAACUCCUACCACAGGUGUGGGAAGAGCUAUCAAAGCUAAGAAGUUGAAUCCUAAGUUUAUUGGGCCGUAUCAAAUUCUCAAGAGGAUUGGACCAGUGGCAUAUCAGAUUGCAUUACCUCCAUUUCUGUCUAAUCUGCAUGAUGUGUUUCAUGUUUCACAAUUGAGGAAGUAUAUUCACGAUCCGAGCCAUGUCCUGGAAUCAGAGGCAGUGCAAGUUAAGGAGAAUUUAACUUUUGAGAAACAGCCAGUUUCAGUGGCAGAUAAGAAAGUUAAACAAUUGCGAGGUAAAUCUAUCAAUUUGGUGAAGGUUAUUUGGGAUGAGGUUACUAAUGAAGCCACUUGGGAGUUGGAGGAUAGGAUGAAGGAUCAAUACCCAUAUCUCUUUUUAAGUAAGUGAAUUUUCGAGGACGAAAAUUUUUGUUGUUG